AUGCGGUUUUGCUUCGGUUGUGCCCAUGAAUGGCACGAGCCUGUCAAUUGUCGUCUCUUGAAGCUAUGGUUGAAGAAAUGCAGCGACGAUUCUGAAACGAGUAACUGGAUCAAUGCUAACACGAAAGAGUGCCCAAAGUGCCAGGUGACAAUUGAAAAAGAUGGGGGAUGCAACCACAUGGUUUGCAAAAACACUGCUUGUCGAAUGGAAUUUUGCUGGAUUUGUUUGGGUCCGUGGGAACCACACGGUAGCAGCUGGUACAACUGCAACAGGUAUGAUGAUUCACGUGCCAAACAAGCGCGUGACGCUCAAGAACUCUCUCGCGCUAAUCUUCAGCGUUAUCUUCAUUACUACAACCGUUUCAUGAACCAUCAGCAGAGUUUAAAAUUAGAAAAUAAGGUG